AUGAUUCACAAACACUGCGAGACGUGUAUUAAGCCGUCGGUGUGUCGGACAAAGACACCGGCGAUGACCGCCACUACUGGUCCGCAAACCAAUGGCCACGUCGUGUGUCCACUCGUCUCAUGCGAUAGCAAAGACUGUCCGCAAGUGAUGCACAAAUGCAAACUCACUGAACACCUGUCCAUUUGUCUUCACCAAAAGACUCAAUGCCUGAAUUGGUGUAACGGGUGUCCGGCGCUGGUCUACCGGCGAGACAUGUCGGCCCAUCUGUUCCACUGUUCGGCGAAUGUGAUCCACUGUACGGUGGAGUGGAACCGGUGGCCGAUCCACACCCGCGAGCGCCGGCUGACCAAUCAGAUGGCGCACCAACUGUUGCCGCACUCACUCAACGCCACUGACAUGGAUGUGGCGCUCGCCCUAAGGGACCAACGAAUGCUGCGACAGCUCUGGACCGCCGAGAAGUGCACUCAAAAGGCUUUCCGCAAUCAUUUGACGCUCAAAUACCCGGCCGUUCCCCUCAAGGUAUGUCUCGGCCCA